UUCUGAACAAAAUCUCUCCCCAAUAUCUCUUCAUAUUGAUUCCCACUCCAUCCAAUUCUGCUCAUCGAGAUAUGCUCCUUUUUCAAGCUUUCGAUUCUCAGGCUUCUCGGUUACCCUAGCACCGGAAUUUUUUCUCAGUUGGAGCUUGUUCGACGUUUCUUUGUUGGGCUUCAUAAAUGGCUCCCAGGGAGCGAAUUAAAAAGCGGGGUAACUUACGAAUUGAUGCUGCGCUGGAUGCUAUGAAUCCUUUCGGAUUUCAUCCGAAGUUGGUUCGUGACACGGUCAAGGAGCUCCUCAGUGUGUAUGGAGGAGACGAAGGAUGGGUAUUCAUUGAAGAAGGCUCUUAUACUCUCUUGAUUGAUACCCUUCUCGAGAAACGGAAAGAUGGUGCAAUAGAGAAGGUUCAUGAAGAGGAUGGAAGAAUUGCAGAUCUUCAGGAGACCUCUGAAGCGGGCUGUUCCUCGAAUGUUGUUAAUGAAGCUUCCACAUCUAAUCCUGGGGCUGAGAUUACCGUGAAACCGACUGAGGGUGUAAUCUCAUCGUACGUGGACAAUGAACCUUUCAGGAUCACAGCCACAGUACCUGCAAAUGAUUCAGGUAACUAGUUUGACAUUUCAAACCAAACUUAUGGAUUUUCGCCGUUCUAUAACUACCAUUUUAUCGGUUACUUUAAUCGUAAUUUCAUGAGGUUAUAUUCGUAAAGGCCUUAAACUUGUAACCUUGUUUUAGAUACAUUCUCUUCUAGGCCGAACUAACACCCAACCAGCUAAACAUUUAGAUUAUUACAAAUGUGCAAAAUAAACGGAUUUAGGAGGUCAAGAAAGUCUAUGCUCUAAUGGAUAACAGUAGCAGCUUUUUAAAGGCAAUAAUUGAUUUCAAUUGGUUACUUGGGAAAGAAACUAUGAGUUGAUCUUGUGUGUGAUUUCACUGCCAUUGUUGAUU